UCUGGGGUCAUCUAAAUUUCGUGUGAUUUUUGAUACUUUAGUAAUCUUCUUUUCCAUUUUUCUCGCAGAGCGAGAAGAGAAGAACACAGAGAUUGGCCAUGGCUACGCUCUUCACCACCGCUCGUCCUUCACUCCUCUUUAUUUCCUCCAGCAAGACCUUCUCUCCUUCUAUUUCCCUAAAACCUAAUUCUCUCUCUUUCUCAUUUGGUCAUCGUCCCAGGCCUCUCCGGUGUUCUGAAAUCCGAUCUUCUCGGCCCUCGGAAUCAGACUCCGAACCGGAAGGUGCGUCUUCAGUUACAGAUGAAUUGGGUGAGAAACUGAGAACUGUGAUCGAACCAGAAUCUCAGCCUCCGGGAACUGAGAAAGGACCCGAAUCUCAGCCAGAUACUGCGUCUGCGAUUACGGACGAGUGGGGAGAGAAAUCUGAACCCGCACCUGAGGACUCCGGGACCCGGUUUCCGGAAUCGGAUCCUCCAAGGAACGAGGACGAGUGGGAGGAAAGAAAUGACGGAGAAGCUGAAGUCGACGCCGGAAACGGAAAUGCGGUGCCCGACCCGACUUGGGAGCUGAAAAGGUGUUUGGCCGAUACGGUUUACGGAACUGAAUUAGGGUUCCGAGCUAACUCGGAAGUUCGGGCGGAGGUGUUGGAGCUCGUGAAUCAAUUGGAAGCUCUCAAUCCUACUCCGGCUCCGGUAGAGAAUCCGGAGCUUCUCGACGGCAACUGGGUUUUGCUGUACACUGCUUUCUCCGAGUUGCUUCCUCUUCUAGCUGCGGGUUCGACACCUUUGUUGAAAGUGAAAAGUAUAAGUCAGUCUAUAGACACAAAGAAUCUCUGUAUAGACAACUCGACUACACUCUCCAGCCCAUUUGCAGAUUUCUCAUUCAGUGCUUCUGCUUCAUUUGAAGUUCGAAGCCCUUCCAGAAUUGAGGUUUCUUUCAAAGAAGGUACGCUAAGACCUCCAGAGAUCAAAUCAACAGUGGAUCUCCCAGAGAGUGUGGGUGUCUUUGGGCAGCAGAUUAGCCUUUCGUUUCUGAAGCAAUCUUUGGACCCUUUACAAGAUGUGGCAGCAAACAUUUCACGCGCAAUCUCUGGUCAGCCUCCUCUCAAGCUUCCGUUUCCGGGGAACCGUGGCAGCUCUUGGCUCCUGACCACUUAUCUCGACAAGGAUCUCAGGAUUUCAAGAGGAGACGGUGGGCUUUUCGUGCUUGGUAGAGAAGGAAGCUCUCUGCUUGAGCUCUAAAAUAUAUAUUUGAGAAGGUAUAUAUAGCAGGCUUCGUGUAAAAACCAUAAUCACUAGACACAACAACAUAAUAAUGCUUAAUGCAGAUUACUGGAGGAGACUGUUAAAUUCGACUUGCUUGUUUGUCA